AUGUAUUUUGCGGAGCUCUUAGCUUCUUCAAAAAGGUCAACGUUUGCUACUUUGGUAGACUUUGCUUGCAGAGUAGCUCGGAUUACAUCUGACUGUUGUGUAGCGUCUUACAUGAAAAAUGCUGCUCGGGUAUCUGAUAAAAUUGCUAAGAAUCGAACAAGGGAUGCAAUUUACACUGCAGUUUCGUCAUCCGUUGACGAUCAACUUGAAGCAUCCGAUGCCGUUCCCAGCUCUACUCUUCCAGAAUGCUUGUUUUGUAAAGACUAUCACUCCAUAUAUAAAUGUGAAAAAUUCAUGGUGGAGCCUGUUGAGUCUCGUCGAAAUUUUGCUCGCGUUCAACGUUUAUGCUAUAACUGUCUAAAGCCCAACCAUAUGGUUGGUAGUUGCCCUUCGCAAAGUAGAUGCAGGGCUGAAGGAUGUGGUGCUCGUCAUCAUACGUUGCUCCAUAUUGGUCAUGUGAACAGAAAUAAUCAGUCAGUCCCUGCGACAGUACAUGGGGCCGGUAAUAGCAUUUUUUCAUCUCUUUCAGUCAAUAAAAAUGUUUGCUAUGUUAGACUUCAAGUUGCACCUGUUAGGGUAUUUCUCAAUGACAUGAAAAAAUCAAUUGAAGUGUAUGCCUUUCUCGAUCAUGGAGCUACUCGCUCAUUUUGUUCCAAGUCUUUAUUAGAUAGAAUGAAUAUUUCUGGUUCUUCUGAAUCUUGUUUGAUUAAUGGUAUAAAUGACUCAAGGCAAUAUAUUGGCCACAGGGUAAACCUCAAAGUACAGGGAAUUGGGGAAUCAACGGUUGUGAGAUUAGAUAAUGUUUUGGCUUUAGACGCUCUUCCCGAUUUAAGAGGUUCUUUACCAAGCAAUGAUAUUACUGCAAAAUAUCCACAUUUGUCUAAUUUGAAGUUUUGUAACUUGAAUGCUGAUAACAUUGAUCUUUUGAUCGGUGCUGAUGUUCUUUCCAGAUAUCCACCAACAGAAUAUUUGCAAGGCGAUGACAAUGCUCCUACAGCAUGUCAUACAAUUUUUGGUUGGACACUGUUUGGUCCGGAUAUUCUGCAUGGAAACUCAGAAACCGAAGAAGUGUGCGAUUCAUUUUCUAAUGCUAAUUGUGUUUUUCAUAUUUCCAAUCCUAUUGUCAAUGAUUGUGAUAGUUUCAGUGCUCCAAUGUGUAAAGUUUGUGCCCAUGAAUUUGCUGAUAUUAAUUGUGACCCAUGUUUAACUGGUUUGUCUGUCAAUGACAAGAGAGCUCUUGAAAUUAUGGAAAAAACGACCACCACUGUUGAUGGUCGUUUGCAAAUAGGACUCCCGUGGAAGAGUGACAACGUCAAACUUCCCAACAAUAAAAGAAUGGCAGAGACCAGAUUAAGGUCUCUGAAACGUCGUUUUGAAACUGAUAAUGAUUUUUUCUGUAUGUAUAGGUCUAAAAUGAAUGAGUAUAUUGAAAAUGGUUAUGCCGAAUUAUGCCCUGAUGCUUUUUCACAUACUGAUAGAACUUUUUAUAUUUGCCAUCAUGCUGUGAUCACAUCGGGAAAAUUUAGAAUAGUUUUUGAUGGUAGCAGUGUCUUCCAAGGCACUUCUCUGAACCAGAACCUUCUUUCGGGUCCCGACUUGAAUAAUGGCCUAUUGGGUGUUUUGUUGCGUUUCCGUCAAGAACCCAUUGCGUUCACUGGUGACAUCAAGCAUAUGUUCCACCGAGUUAAAGUGAGCCCUAUUGACCGUGAUUCCAUGCGUUUUUUGUGGUUUGAGGAUGGUGACAUGACAAAACCUGUCCUUGAGUAUAGAAUGUCGUCUUUUUUUGGUUGUGUGUCUAGUCCUUGUGUUGCUACAUUUGCUGUGAGAAAGGUUGCUGAUGAUAAUUUGAGUGGUGCUGAUUUUGACACUGUUCAAACACUUGAGAGAAAUAUGUAUGUUGAUGAUGUUUUGAAAAGUUGCGAGUCGUCUGAGAAAGCUAUUAGUUUGAUUAAUCAAUUGUGUGAAUUGACUGAAACAAAGGGGUUUCAUAUGACAAAAUUUGCUAGUAAUUCAAGUGAAGUUAAUUCAUCAAUUCCUAAUUCGGAACUUGCUCCCUCACUGAAAUGUUUGGAUUUGAAUGGGUCUGGUGUUCACCACGCCCUUGGUGUGAAAUGGAAUAUGGGGCCGGAUGAACUGAAAGUGUGUGUGGAUAUUGAACCAAAGCAAGCAACUCGUAGGGGUAUAUUGAGUGCUGUUUCGUCUAUUUUUGAUCCACUUGGCCUAGUCUCACCUUUUGUUUUGCCUGCUAAGCGUAUAUUGCAAGAUUUGUCUAGUGAGGAUUUUUCAUGGGAUGAUACUAUUUGUCAUAGUCAUAAGGUUCGAUGGGAGAAUUGGGUUUCACAGUUGCCAAUCUUGAAUGAUGUUUCAGUCCCUAGAUGUUACAAGCCACCUGGUUUUACGCCAAUUGAUAUACAAUUGCAUUGUUUUUGUGAUGCCUCUCAAGAUGGUUAUGGUGCGGUUGCGUAUUUACGUUUCAUAGAUGCUAAUGGUUCUGUUCAUGUUUCAUUUGUGAAAAGUGUAUCAAGAAUUACACCUAAGCGACCUAUCACGGUUGUCCGCUUAGAAUUGAUGUCAGCUGUCGUUGCUGCUGAGUUGUCCCAGUCCAUCAAAAGAGAAUUGGACUAUGAGAUGUGUUCCUACUAUUUUUGGACCGAUAGUAUGUCUGUUUUGCAAAUGAUUAAUAAUCGCUCUGAAAGGUUUAAAAUUUUUGUCUCUAAUCGUAUUGCCCUAAUUCAUUCAUUGUCUAAAGUUGAAUCUUGGUUUCAUGUGAGCUCUGAAUUGAAUCCUGCGGAUGUUCUAUCUCGAGGAGUUAUGCCCAAACAUCUACCAAAAAUGUCUGUUUGGUUUGCCGGCCCAGAAUUUUUGAAAUUAGAUCGCUCUCAUUGGCCCAAACCUUGUUCUGUGAAAUGUGACGAUAAUUUUGCCUCUGAGGUUAAAAUUAAUUUUGUCUCUACAAGUUCUAAUGAAUUUGCCUCUGUUUUUGAUUUGCUCAAACGCUUCUCUUGUUUCGAAAAAUUGUGCCAAAGUGUUGGGUGGUUGCUCCGUUUUAAAGCAUACAUGAAAUGGAAGUUUCGCAGUGGUCCAAGACCGCCUGUGGGAAACUUGAGUGUUGAUGAGUUGGAAUUUGCUAUGCAUAAUGUGAUGAGUCUGGUUCAGUUGGAUUCCAUCUCGCCUAGUUUGUUGCAGUUGGGUUCCCGAGUGAAUGAUAGUUUCCCCCUUCAAGUAGCAAUUUGA